AAAUACAUGGUGAAAAUAUAUGCAAUGAUUGGGUUCCAGUGUGUUUCUUAUCGCUCUGAUGCUAGUACCGAGGCUAGAUGUUAAGUUAUUAUAUGAAUCUCGCUACAUUUUAAAAAAAUAAAUUAUAUAUAUACAACAAAAAAAAGCCGAGUAGAAAAAAUAUUAGCUAAAUGACAAUAAAAGAAGAAUUCCGAAUGAGUCCUGUUGAAUCGAAAUCACCAAAACAAAACACUCUAACGAGAGUACAAAACGAACUUAUAAAAGUCGAUCUACACUCCGUACAGUUACCGUGUUUGAGUAUUUACGAAAAUAAAGACGAGAAAAACAAUAACGGCUUUAAAGAAUUACUCGAGAAUGAUCGGAAAAAUAUGGUUAUUGAACCAAUUUCAGUUGUCGAUUCAAACGAAGAAUACUCGCCGUGUUUGUCGCCUUCGUCGAGUUUUGAAAAGCAGUCGCCAAAAGAUCGGGCUACGAAUAAAGGACCGAGUUACGAGCGAAAGUUAUUAAAGAAACGACACGAUAUAGCUAACCAGCAAAUAGAUGGAUGUACAAACGAUAAAAUUUUAGGUUAUUAUUCUGAUGAUCCGACCGAGCGUAAUCGGAUAACUAACGGGGUUAUAGUUGAUAAAGGUGGAAGUUGGGAUCGUAAAAUUUCCAAAAAAAUUGAUUGUGAUAGUGGUGUUAAACUAAUAGAUAAAACGUUACGAAGGAAUUCCUCUUCCUCAAAAAAGAAAGACAUUUUACGCGAUACAGCUUACGACUCCUCUUCUCCUCGUCUUUCAAGAAAGUUGGAUAGGAAAGACAUCUUAAAUUUUGAAAGGUAUCCCGAUUCAGCUGCUUCAUCAUCAAAUGAAAAUGAAAAGAAUGAACGAAAAUUAAGAAAAACAUCGCUGGGGAAGCGGAAGAAAUCAAGUUUAUCUGAAUUAAAGAAACGCAACAGCAACAUCGAAGAGCAGCAACAACCUGCGAGAAGAACUUCACGUUUUCGAAGAAGAAAAUCGUCAGAUUAUUCAAGCAAUAUCACUAAUAAACAAAAGACGAGUGUUGUCGGUAGAACUCGGGGCGAAUCGAUUGGGACCGAUAACUUAAAUUUCAAAAUCGAAAACGAAACAGAAAAAUCUGGCGAUCGAUCGAAGCUGAUUUUGUUAUAUUCCGGUAAUGUUAGUGAUGCAGAAAAGAAAACCCAUGUAGAAACUAUUGAUAACGCCGGUACUCCCGACGAAGUUUUGACGGACUACGAUGACAGCAGCGCAACGUCAGACAUUGAAUUUAAAUCGGGUAAAUCUCGUCGACCGCAACGCGGAUUAGCGAAAAAGGUGUGGAGAUCAAUUAACAGUUUAUUUCAGCUUGAUGAUAAGACCAGACAUAAGACAGUACCAGAUACACCCCCGUCUUUAAGACGGUCUUUAUUGCGAGACAGAGGAAUAAGUAAUUCAAUGCCAGGGGGCCUAGAGCGUUCUCAAAAUAAUUUAAAACAAGGCGACAGAACUUCCAAGGACGAUUUUUGUUUAUUAGCUUUAGAAAAGGAAUUGCGCACUGAUGAAGGUUUAACUUUCAAACGAACGAUGAGCUUAAAAAAAACAAAGAAAAUGAAGCAAAGAACUAAAGCGGGGGAAAACGAUGUGACGAAGGCUCGUUCGAGAAGUUUAGAUUUUUUAUCAGAUAGCAUCUCAAAGCCGAAAAUUGACACAGAGGAAUGGUACAAAAGAAAAAAAUCACUUCCCGUAAGUUUCAUUCACAAAAAAUCCGACACAGAAAAUGACACAAAAUACGAUAUCGUGAUAUGUCAAACGCCAUCAAAUUUUGUAGCGACGCCGACGACCGAUGAUGACAACAAAGGAAACGAUGCGCCGUAUACUAGCAAAAUAACACCAGAUGUUGCAAAAAACGAACACGAUUGCAUCAGUAGUACAAAACCACGUCUAGAUGAGUUAAAAUCCACUUUGCAAGAAGAGCUAGAGUUAUUUUUGGUUGAUAAGUAUUUUGAACCCGACAUGGUAAACAAAUGGUGUCAAGAAUUGAGCGAAUCGAUGAAAGAACGUGUUGUUUCGACGACUAAGAGCAGUUACAAAGUAGCUGCUCAAGUUUUUAUUGGCGCGUUGUAUGAUGAUGGUAUACACGCCGCUGUACAAAGCAUAUGCGAUCCAACCAAAGACGACUUUAUCACAGUAACUUACAGAGGAAAGGAUUUAUUUGCAAUUGCUGCCAUAUUGACUUUCCAAUUUGAAUAGCUGAUCUAACUGCGAUUAAAUAAAUUCGACCUCGAAUAGCUGGCAAUAUCGUCGUUGAAUAUGUCUGCAAAACAAGGUUACUUUUGCAAGGUCUGUAAGAAAAGCUAAAAAUAAAAAAAUAAAAACAAAAAAAUGUCCUUUUAAAAACUUUGUUCGUUAGGCAGAAGUCCUAUUUGAUCUCAAAACACAACGUUUUCAUCGCUGCGCGGUCGCAAAACAAAAAAUGCGCGUUAAAAUUUAAAAUAACGGCUUUUUAAACAAAUUCAUUGGUUGAAAUCAUAGAUUACGUCAUGUCACGCUACGAUGCUCUAGUGAUUGACAAAAAAUCAAAUUGAUUUUGUCUUCUUAAACGAACACAGGGGCUAAUCUAUUUUCUAAAUAUUGCGCAAUAUCACUUUGUUGCAUGUUCUUGAUUUCGCGCGCUAAAAGACCGAAGUGGACUUUCGCCUUUUUGUUCAUUCUUACAUCACUAAGAUCAUUUAGAAUGACAUUAUUAGAAGAUAUAAAUAUUUUUUAAUACUAUUUUAUUUUGUAAUAUGUAACUUUAAUAUGUUCUGUAUGAGACUGUACAUAGCACUUGAUAAUCUAUACACUUGUAUAUAGUGACAAAACCUCGAUGAAUAGCUAAUUACUUUUAA